UUCGAACAAGCGAAGAACAACUCGAUCUCUCAAAUGCAACGGCCGACCAUACCAUUAACGAGAAAAUAGAGUUUAUCAAAGAAAAUGCGGGAGAUAGAUCAAAAAAAUCCGAUAUAAAGACCAACAUUGCUGCAUUGACUAAACUCGCAGAAUGGUAUGGUCUGAGCAGCACGCAGCUGGAGGAAGUGUUGGAUGUGGUGCUCGACAGCAAGUUGGAUGAGGCGGAUAACAAUAAACUUGCAAAGUCGCUCGUUCCCAGGGAUAAAGUGCCGGAAAUGUUGGCGAUUCACGUGUUGGGUCAUUUGGGACAGUCUGUACUGAAGUUUACGACUCAGGCGAUUCUUCUUCGAUGGGUUGUGAUCGCCUAUAAUCUAUUAGAUAACCAUAGCAAACUGCAACUGCUGUACGGGGUCGUUUUUCAUUAUUUAGAAUAUAAUUUGUUAAG